AUGUCCGCCCAAGAAGCCGCCGCCGGAGCCGCGGGCGGCGACGCGCUGUUCUCGCGGUGCCUGCUCGCGCUCUACGUCAUCAGCCCGGUCACCGUGUUCCUGCUCCGCUUCGUCUCCGCGCCCUACGGCAAGCUCUCGCGCCCGGGGUGGGGCCCGGCCAUCCCGGCCGCGCUCGCCUGGUGCGCCAUGGAGAGCCCCACCCUCUGGCUCCCGCCCCUCGUCUCCCCCCUCCCGCUGCUGCUCGCCGCCGCCGCCUCCGUCUCCCCGCUCGCCGCGCUCCCGCCGGCGCUCUACGCGCUCCACUACUUCAACCGCACGGUCCUCCACCCGCUGCGCAUCCUCCGCCUGCGCCGCGCCGCGGCGCCCGUGCCCGUGCUCGUCGCCGCCUGCGCCUUCGGGUUCAACCUCCUCAACGCCUACGUGCAGGCCCGCUCCUGGGCGCUCCACGCCGACCGCCCCGCCUCCGCCUUCGCGCUCCCCCGCUGCCUCGCCGGGCUCGCCCUCUUCGCCUGGGGGAUGCGGGUCAACGUCGCGGCGGACAGGGAGCUCCUGCGGCUCAAGGAGGCCGGGGGCGGGUACAAGAUCCCGCGGGGCGGCUGGUUCGACGCGGUGACCUGCCCCAACUACUUCGGCGAGAUCGUGGAGUGGCUCGGCUACUGCCUGGUGGCCUGGUCGCCGGCGGCCUGGGCCUUCUUCCUCUACACCUGCGCCAACCUCAUGCCGAGGGCCAGGGACCACCGCCAGUGGUACCUCAACAAGUUCGGCGGCGAGUACCCGGCGUCGCGCAAGGCCGUCAUCCCGUGCAUCUACUAG